AUGGAAUCGUCAAAGGAAUCCAGUCUAGUCAGAUUCUCGGAUAAUGGCCAAACCAUCACGCGUGAUCCUCGUUUUGAAGUCACCUGGGAAACAACAGAUCAACAAAAUCCUCGGGCGUGGUCGGUUUGGUACAGGAGUUUCAUUGUUGCUUCGAUGUCCUUUUCAACCACCAUAGUAGUCAUAUAUACGACGAUGUACACAUCGGGGGUUGAGGGAAUGCAAGAAUCGUUCAGAGUUUCAUCCAAAAUUGUUGUGCUUUUGGGGCUAACCACAAAUCUCUUUGGCCUCGCCAUCGGCUCUGUUGUUCUUUCAUCGCUGUCGGAGAUCUAUGGUCGGAGGCCUGUGUAUUUAAUAUCUGUUUUCUUGUUCGGUCUCUUGAUUCUACCUGUGGCUUUGGCGAAAAAUAUCGAAGCCGUGCUGAUCAGUCGAUUUUUCGGGGGAUUUUUCGGUGGUGUCAUGAUCGCGAGCGCACCUGGAAGUGUGACCGAUGUGACCGACGAUCAAUACCGUGCCCUUGCUCUAAGUUGCUGGAGCCUCGGAACAAUGAACGGCCCUGUCCUAGGUCCAAUUAUAGGCGGUUUUGUCUUUCAAUAUCUUGGAUGGCGCUGGAUAAACUGGCUUGUCCUGAUUUGCACGGGAGUAUCAUUGGCCUUGAUGUUUUGCGUCAAAGAGACAUAUGCACCUUCUCUUCUACGAAGUAAAACCAAGCAACUUCGGUCGGAUUCUGGUGACCAGCGGUGGUGGUGUCAGCAUGACCACCAUGAAACAGGCGUUCGAAUGCUCAAGUCUAACUUGAUCAGGCCAGUUCGUAUGAUCGUUUCAGAGCCGAUCUGCGUCUUUUGGAACCUCUACGUGGGAGUUGUCUAUGCCGUACUCUUCCUUUGCUUUGUGGCAUAUCCCAUAGUAUUCGAAGACAUGCGCGGCUGGAAACCUGGCGUUUCAGGGCUUAGCUAUUGUGGCAUCGGAGCCGGCACUGCGAUUGCAGUGAUGCUAGAGCCAUUGAUACGCAAGAUCAUCGCGAUGCAUCCCAAUGACCCACAUACUGGCAAACCAACACCGGAAGCUGCUGUAUUCGCAGUCAAAGCCAUCCGUUCAUUGGAUUUGCCCGAUCCUUGCCGGAUUGCCUUUCGGUCUUGGGAACGGGUUGACUUUUAUCUACGCAACCAACUAUAUGGCCGGAAGCUAUACUGUCUACGCUGCUUCAGCCCUAUCUGGGAAUUCUAUUAUCCGUUACGGGCUGGCUGGUGUACUGCCCCUUGCUGGCUCGAAAAUGUAUUCCACGCUGGGGCCGAACUGGGCUGGAACGAUGUUGGCUCUAAUUGA